AUGGCACCUUCUCCGCCCAAAUCCUCUCCGAAAUCGUCGCCUAACUCGCCCCCAAACUAUGGCGAUGAUACGAUCGACGCUAUUAUUCCAGAUGAGAGCAUUGCGUCUUCCAGCACGAGUGUAAGCAGUUCGAUUCUCGAUUACCGCAUAGAGAACGGACGCACGUAUCACAAGUACAAAGACGGCAAAUAUGCACUUCCCAACGACGAACGGGAGCUCGAUAGACUUGACCUGUCACAUAACCUCUUUCUCAUGACUUUUGACAACAAACUCGGAACGGCUCCACCGAAUGCAGCUGGCUCUGGAGUCCGUCGUGCCCUUGAUAUCGGCACAGGCACGGGCAUUUGGGCGAUUGACUUUGGCGAUGAGCAUCCCGAGGCUGAAGUUCUCGGAGUCGAUCUAUCUGCCACAUGGCCCAACUACACCCCUCCCAAUGUCCGCUUCGAGAUUGACGACGUCGAGGACACUUGGACAUUCUCACAGCCAUUCGACUACAUCCACAGUCGGGUCAUGACCUCGUCGGUCAAGAGCUGGGAAGAUUUCAUUCGCAAGUGCUUCGAGAACCUUAGCCCCGGGGGAUACCUCGAGCUAAACGAAAUCGACCCCUGCCCUCUCUCCGAUGACGGCACCCUCAAGGAGACGUCUGCAAUCAUCAAGUCGGUUCGCAUGCUGGAACAGGCUGCCAACAUCUUCGGUCGCCCUUAUCACACCGCACAAGCACUUCAAGAGACUUUGACAAAGGUUGGCUUUGAGGAUGUGACUGUACAGAGGUUUAAGUGGCCGACGAAUCCUUGGCCGAGAGAUGCCCUUUAUAGGGAGCUUGGGGUCUGGACCCACGAGAAUCUGGUUGCUGGCUGGGAGGGCUUUUGCAUGGCUCCGUUUACCAGGGCCUUGAAUUGGUCUAGAGAGGAGGUCUUGGUUCUCAUGAUGCAGGUGCGCAAGGAGUUCAGCGAUCGGAGCAUUCAUGCGUACUUCCCGGUGUGA